UUGUAGCGUGGCGAGGGCGGAGCGUGUGACGUCGAGCUGAAGCUCGAGCUGUUUAUUGUUCCUUCCUGAGCACCGACAGAGAAAAACAAGCUGUCAGCUACUCAUUUGAUACGGUUCACGGCCCGUUUUGCCCAGGUGUAACGGUUUAGAAAGCUGACUGUACAAAGCAGGUGCUAUGGCGUAUGCGUACCUCUUCAAAUACAUCAUCAUCGGAGACACGGGUGUUGGAAAGUCAUGUCUAUUACUACAGUUCACAGACAAGAGGUUUCAGCCGGUUCACGACCUCACCAUCGGUGUGGAGUUCGGAGCGAGGAUGAUCACUAUAGAUGGCAAACAGAUCAAAUUGCAGAUCUGGGAUACGGCCGGCCAGGAAUCGUUCCGCUCCAUCACCCGGUCUUACUACAGAGGAGCAGCAGGAGCACUGCUAGUCUAUGACAUCACAAGAAGGGACACCUUCAACCACUUGACGACCUGGUUAGAGGACGCUCGCCAACAUUCCAACUCAAAUAUGGUCAUCAUGCUCAUCGGCAACAAAAGUGACCUAGAAUCAAGAAGAGAAGUGAAGAAGGAGGAAGGUGAAGCUUUUGCCAGAGAACAUGGACUCAUAUUCAUGGAGACCUCAGCCAAGACGGCCUCUAAUGUAGAGGAGGCUUUCAUCAACACAGCAAAGGAGAUCUACGAGAAGAUCCAGGAGGGAGUGUUUGAUAUCAACAAUGAGGCUAAUGGUAUUAAGAUCGGACCCCAGCAUCCCACCACCAACUCCACACUGUCCAGUAGCCAGGGAGGCCACCAGGCUGGAGGAGGCUGCUGCUGAAGCCCCGAAACAUGCGUCCCACGCCCCGCCCCCUCACCCUGUCUCCCUUUAAUCCUAACCUUUCCUCCUCCCUGCCCCUCCCCCUCCCUCCUUUUUGCGUUUCUACAGAACUUUCCCAGCCCACUAACAGUUUGUUCACCUGUUUCUCUACCACUUCAUUCUCUCAUCGUCCAUCCUCCUGAUUCUCCAGGAUCCCACUGGGGUUUUUAGGGAAAACCGCUCCCCAACACUUCCUUCUGAAGUCCUAAAAGCAGCAUCACCUGUAAAACUUAAAAUCAGAAAUCACCCCUUUUUUUUUCUUUCAUAAUAUUUUUAUUUUUUAUUUUUAUUUAAAGAAAGAAUCCCGGUUUAUUCCAGCGACCUUUGAGGUGUUUCGGCGCCUCUGAAAAUGACGAGGCCAUCUUUGGUGUUUGAGCUGACUUUGUCUAGACAGGACUGGCAGAAGAAGGUAACCGCUCUUAAUAGCUGACUGUAUGGAAUGAAACCAGGCACAGUGUUGUGUCUAUACACACAUCUGUACGUUGUUUUUUUUAAGAGGCGACGUUUGAUCGCGGGACGUGUUCCCACAUGCUGAGUCAGUCUUCAUGCUGUGCCUGUGUGUGUAUAGAGACUCCAGGGUGUCAGUUCGUCAGGUUUGGGAGGCGUUAAGUCACUUUGUAUUAUUUGUCCUUAAAAAUGAAAAGAAAAAGUGCAAAUCACAUGAUUUUUGUUCCUCCUUCCCCCACAUUUUCUAUUUAUUAACAUCAUGUUACUUUGUUCAGCUCCAGAGUCUCGGAUAAUUUGUAGUUACUUAACACUAAACUGGUUGUGACUUAAAAUGUAUUUUAAAACCACCUGGGUAGAGAAUAAAAGACCAAACUGUUGAGUGUGAGAAGGGAUCCUUUUGAAAGAGUGAGGACGGCUGAGAAGGAUGUCUGCCAUUAAGAAGGAAAAUUAAAAGUUGUUUUUUUUUUUUUUUUUUUAAAAUGAACUGUAUUUAUCAGGCACGUUUCUGUGUAUAUAUGGCUCUUUAGGUUUCUUUAGCUGUUUGGAUGUUAAAGAUGAAGCGUGGCAUGUUAUUGUGGUCUGUUUUCGUCUUUACCGGCGACUGCUCUGAGCCUUUAAACAGCUUUUUAGCAUUUUUAACAAAGUCUCAUUGAAACCCGCGGGAUCUCUGCUGCCCUGCUAUGUUGGGGUCGGUGGUGCCCUUUCUUUUAAAUGACAAGUAUGAAUGAUAACAGGCUGUUAACAGGACGGAGCAGAGGCAUUUAAAGUCCCUGGUGGUGGUGGGGGGGACAGACUCCAACAGAAAAUGUCAGAGCUUCUCCCUUUUAAACAAGAUUUCCACCACGAAUUAGCUGGCAGACAUAUAUGUAACAUUUGGAGCUUGAUGGACAACCUUCUGCAAUGUUUUUUGCUUUGAGAUCUCGGAUGUAAUAGACACCGAUUUAUUUUUAUGAGCGUAUUGGCCGCUUGGGUUACUCGUCAUGCGCCGCCCCCUUUCCCCAUCUCCCGCUCUUGCACUGUGCAGUAAUGACGGCUCUUGACUCCUUUUUCAUGCCAAAUGAUUGUGUUUACCUGUGUUUUGAUAGUGGUAAAACAACAGCUAAACUCUUCUAGUCUGACCUGAAAAUCAGCUGUCUGCCUUAACUCCAAUCAUCUGAGAUCUGGGCCGCUGCAAAAAAACAAAACAACCAUCCCUUAUCUCCAGAUAGGCGUUUUAUCGUUAACUAGUAUUCCACAUGCGUAGACGCUCACUUAAGGAGAUGAUGUCCUAGAAAGCGGCCUAGUGUGAACGUUCUUAUAAAUUGGGGCAUUUGAAAAUAGUCUAAACCCAUGUUUUGUUUUGUUUUUUUCCAUCCCACCCCCCUCCAUGCGCGCGUACCCACCCAGCCUGCACACAGCAUGCAGGCCUGGGUGAUGCAUUCAGAUACUCCUGUGUAUUUAGCCGAGCUGUGUUUUCUCUCCAGCCUAACUGUAUAAAUUGUUUCUGGUUCCACAGCAGUGCGAGUGAAUCUGUUUUUUCCUUGGCAGUGUGCUCCUCUUAAUUGAGUUUAUUUUCUAAAUUUAUAGAUAUAUUCAGCUGGUUAUUAAUCUUAUUCUGAUUAUUCUUUGUAAAGCAACAUGUAGUGUAUGUGCGUGCGUGCGUGUGUGUGGACCCCUGAGGGGUUGGUAACAGAGGGGAGGAUCCAGCCAAACCUGACGCAUCCUAUGUACCUAUCUAUCUAUGGAUUGAUCUAUCUUAUAUUUGUGGUCCUCCUCUUGUCGCUCCUCCCGCCUCCUGCCUCUCCUCCUUCCCCUCAACAUUAUUUGCUGUGUUUGUUCUUUGGAAAAAAUAAAACAAAAAAAAAGAAAAAAAAAAAAAGAAAAUGCUAUCACAAUAAACUAUAAUAAAACAUUCUAAACUCUAAACAUGUCAUUUUGAUGGUUAUGUAGAGAUGGCAAAAAUACAGUGUUU